UUAUAAGUACAGCAUUACAGACAUUAAUGAAAGAUGGAUUUGAUGUCAAAGCGUUAAGAGCUUUUAGAGUUUUAAGGCCGUUAAGAUUAGUUUCUGGUGUUCCAAGUCUUCAAGUUGUAUUAAAUUCCAUUAUAUGUGCUAUGGUGCCCUUGUUUCAUAUUGCUUUAUUAGUAAUUUUUGUCAUUAUCAUCUACGCUGUUAUUGGUUUAGAGUUAUUUUCGGGGAAAAUGCAUGAAACAUGUUUUAAUAAUGUAACAGGUCAGAUUGAAUCAGAAGAUCCUCAUCCAUGUGGCAAAAGUGGAUUUCAAUGCAAUGAGACCCUCUUUGAAGUAUGCAGAGAAUAUUGGGAAGGACCAAAUGAUGGAAUUACAAAUUUUGAUAAUUUUGGACUUGCCAUGUUAACAGUAUUCCAAUGUGUAACAAAUGAAGGUUGGACAGAUGUAAUGUAUAAUGUAUGUGAUGUUUUNGGGAAUAGUUGGCCUUGGAUAUAUUUUAUUAGUCUUAUUAUACUUGGUUCUUUUUUUGUUCUUAACCUCGUAUUGGGUGUUCUCAGUGGUGAAUUUUCCAAAGAAAGAGAAAAAGCAAAGUCAAGAGGUGAUUUUCAUAAACUUCGAGAGAAACAACAGAUUGAAGAAGAUCUUCGAGGCUAUUUAGAUUGGAUAACUCAAGCAGAGGAUAUAGAACCAGAUGAAAAAGAAGAAGGAGAAGUUGAACCAGAAGAUCAAGUUGAAGGAGAUGAUCAAGCAGAAGCAAAACCACCUUCCUGGUUUGCAAUUAAAAAAAAACAGUUUGAAAGACAGAAUCGGAGAUUGAGGAGAGGAUGUCGUAAAGUUGUAAAGUCUCAAGUAUUUUAUUGGAUUGUAAUUGUCCUUGUAUUUUUAAACACUUUAACAUUGGCUUCAGAACAUGAUCAACAACCAAAAUUUUUAGAUAAAUUUCAAGAGGGAGCAAAUAUAUUUUUUGUAACUUUAUUCAGCUUUGAAAUGGUAGUUAAAAUGUACAGUUUGGGCUUCCAAGGAUAUUUUGUUUCAUUAUUUAACCGCUUUGAUUGCUUUGUUGUGAUAAGUUCCAUACUUGAAAUGGUUUUAACCUAUACUGAUCUCAUGCCACCACUAGGAGUAUCAGUGUUGAGAUGCGUACGUUUACUUCGUAUAUUUAAAGUUACCAAAUACUGGGGUUCUUUAUGUAACCUUGUGGCUUCAUUAAUUAACUCUGUACGCUCAAUUGCAAGUCUUUUAGUAUUGCUGUUUUUAUUCAUUGUGAUUUUUGCCUUAUUGGGUAUGCAAGUAUUUGGAGGAAGAUUUAAUAGUGAAGAAUGGGAUAAACCUAGACACAAUUUUGAUAAUUUUUAUCAGUCGCUUUUAACUGUGUUUCAGGUGAGUUAUAUUCUUAAGAUUAUAAAAUCUUAUUUAAAUGUAUAAAAUUUUUAUAUUAAUUAUUAUUAAAACU